UGGGAUGAGUUGGAAAUGGGGCGAGUUGUCUGGACACCUGUAUACUUUAUGGUGGUAGUAUUGGUAAUUAUAUUUUAUUCUACAUUAGAUGGAUACAAUAUCAUCUAAAGUCACCGUAUUCUAUACAUUUGACGUUUUAUACAUUUAUUUUUCAAUGUGUUAACCUGUAAACAACGAUUUGCGGCAGUAUGGAGGAUUGGUUAACAUUUGCUAGUUUCGAUUUGCCACUUGUGUCACGUCAUCAGCUUAUCUGAGCUGAAACAGAGUAGGUCGUACUUUGCUCUUAUAUUGGUUUAAACAUUGAACAAUAUGGCGGAACUGUCGAUUGAUUCCCUUCAAAAAGGGUCUGAUAUAAUCGAGGAUUACUGUUGUUCAACAUGCGAAGAAGACUAUGUUUCUACAGAGGCAGAUUUUUACUGCGAAAUCUGUCUUAAGUUUUAUUGCUGUAAGUGUAUACACCUGCACAGUCAGUUGUUUAAACGACACAGCGCAUCUGGCAGAGAGGAGAUGUGUAAAUGGCCUGUUGGCAAAGGCAUGCUGGAUUUUAUCGAGAAAUGCGAAGACCACCAAGACGAAAAAUUGAAAGUUUUUUGCGAAGAUCACCGUCAACUGUGCUGCAGUACUUGCGUCAUGCUACACCAUCGGCAAUGUAGUAAGUUGACUCUGAUUUCUGAGUCAGCAAAAAUACCGACAAAAGCCGACUUCCAACAACUUUCAGAAAAGCUUCAAACGAUCCAACAGAAAAUAACGGAGUUGCAAAAUGGACAGAAUGAUAACUUAUCGUCCCUUCAAACUUCAUAUACAUUCCAGUUUCAAAAAAUCCGAGAGAUGCGCAAGAAAAUAAAUGCUCAACUAGAUGAGCUUGAAAAGGUCACAGUGAAGGCAUUGGAUGAGCUGAACGCAAAACUGAAUCAUUCUUUUAAAACUGAUGUCGACAAAUUUAGCAAGUUAGAGGUAGAGAUUAAAUCUCUCAACAAAGCCUUAAAUGCUGCUGAAAAUAAAAGAGGAGAAGUUGCCUUCAUGGCUUAUAAUAAAUGCAUGAACAAGAUACAACAAACUGAGUCAUAUUUACUUGAAAGUCCCGCAGAUCAUGAGAGUGCUUUGACAUUCCAACCUAAUCCUGAAAUAGAACUUUAUUUCUCCAAACUGUCAGCUCUUGGCAAUGUUGAAAUCAUUGUUCAUAAUAACAUAUUUAUUCCGGUGAAAACAAACAGAGUGGUUUUCGAAGAAAUGCAUAAUAUACGUGGAAUUUGUGAAUUUCCCAACGGUCAGAUUGUUAUUGCUGACGAUAUUAAGAAAAAAGUGAAGCUGCUUGACCAGAAAUAUGAAGUGAUCAGUAGCAGUGAUUUGUCAUACGGUCCAUGGGAUAUGUGUCAGGUAUCUUCCAAUGAGGUUGCAGUUACAGUAGAUGACUUUAAUGAUGUGCAUCAGGUGCAGUUUAUAACCGAGAACAAAGGAUCUUUGAUCAAAUGCCGGAAAAUACGAUUCGAGCACAUUUGCCUUGGUAUUGCCUGUCAUCAAAAUGACCUGUUUGUCACCUCCAGAACGGCACUGUACCACUAUACGCUGUCUGGGAGCAUGGUGAAAAAGAUGUAUGAAGACUCAUCAGGUAUUUGAAAGUUACAUGUAUAAACAUGGUUUAUCACGCACUGGUUUGCUGCACUGUGAUACCGGUUUAAACAUUGAUAACGGCUUAUCAAAGCUGAAAGUAGACGAGUGAUACAUUAUUUUGUGUUUGAAAAUUGAACAAUAUCAAGCAAUUUUCUAUGUCUUUAUUUAAAAAAAAAAUGUCUGAUGAUAUGAAUAAUUACCAUUGUUCAUCGUGCGAAGAGGACCAUGUUUCUACUGAGGCAGACGUUUACUGCGAACUUUGUGAUAAGUUUUACUGCUUAAAGUGUAUAAACCUGCAUAGUCAGUUGUUUAAAAAGCACAGUACACACGGAAGAGAUGAAAUGGAUAAAUGGCCUGCAUCCAAAGGUACGCUGGCUUUUAUCGAGACCUGCGAAGUCCAUCGAGAUGAAAAACUGAAAGUAUUGUGUGAGGACCAUCGCCAAUUAUGUUGCAGUAACUGUGUCAUGAUGGCUCAUCGGCAAUGUACCAAAUUAACACUGAUAUCUGAGGCAGCAAAUAUUCCGACCAAAGCCGACUUCAAUAAUGUUUCUGCAAAAGUUCAACAGAUUCUAACGGAAAUUAAAGAACUUCAAAGAAGCCGUCAAAACAACAUAGAAUCAAUUCAAACUUCACAUACAGAACGGUUGCAUCAACUCCGUGAAAUACGAAAUAAAAUAAAUGCUCAAAUAGAUGAGCUUGAAAAGGCCACAGUCAAAGAACUGGAUGAUCUGAAAACAAAACUGAAUGAUUCUUUUAAAGCAGAUGUAGAAACAUGCAGCAUGUUUGAAGCUGAGUUGAAAUCUCUCAGCGAAGCUUUACAUGUUGCUAAAAAUAAGAGUUCAGAACUUGCCUUCAUAGCAUACAGUAAAUGCAUGUACGGAAUAAACCGAGUUGAAACACAUUUACAUGAAAUCUCUGAGCUCAAAGAAUUCUCAAUUACAUUUCAAGUAAACAGUGACAUUGAACGGUAUUUGUCUUCACUUUCAGGUCUUGGCUCGAUUUCUUCAAAUCAGUGUCUUAUUGUUGUAGAAAGGAAAAAAGUUUAUUUGGAUCCGUUUGAAAAACCAGAUGUAAAAGCUAUUUGUGACUUUCCCAAUGGCCAUUGUUUAAUUGCAAUGCUGAACACAAUGAAAGUGGUGCUAGUAGACCCUAAUUACAAAGUAUUAAGUCAAUGCCAUUUGUCUGCACGUCCGCAGAACAUGUGUCAGAUCUCUACGUGUCAAGCGGCUGUUGCAGUAGAAGAUUGGUCAACUAUUCACCAAAUACAAUUCAUCUCUGAGAACAAAGGGAAACUAGUUAAGGGCAGAAAGAUAGAGCUGUAUCAUGCAUGUGCUGGUUUAGCCCACCAUCAUGGAGACAUAUACGUCACAUCAAAGACAGCACUGUACCGUUACACUAUCAAUGGGAAACAGAUGACUAAAUUGUAUGAGGAUACAUCCGGUGGUACCACGGUGUGCAAAUGCGCUGUGAAUCCAACUGGUGACAUCAUCUACGUAACCAACCGCACCAAGCACACGCUGCUGACACUGUCAAGAGAGGGGACGAUACUCUCCACUUUCCAGGACCCGGAACUAAAGAUGCCGUUUGCAAUACACGUGACUGCUCUAGCACAAGUGUUGCUGUGUUGUGUCAAUUCAAAAACAGUUAUUCAGGUGGACGGAACGGGGAGAAGAAAGGUUGCUACAUUGGCUUCGGAGAAAGAAGGACUUUUUAAACCAAUGUCGGUGUAUUACAGUAAGAACACCAACGCCAUUAUUGUUGGACAAGCUGAAUGUGAUUACAUAUUAAUUCUGAAAGUGAAAUAAUUUGACACCAAUAACACACUAUAUAAGUAAUAAUAACCAUCAACCUCAAUUGAAAAGUAUAUGUCGCCGUAAUAAAAAAAAAUACUCGGAGCGGUAGAAAAUCCAUGCAUGACUAUUUAUUAGCUUAAAUAGCAUUCGCUUAUUGUAUAUAAUAGACAUUUUGGUUGUUUCGAAUGUUCACAUACAUGAAGAUUGAAUGUUAAAAGUGAAUAUACAUGGGGCUAUAAUAAUAAAUACAUAUACAUAUAUUUGUGUGGAUUAAUACUUGUUCUGUAUUUUUCAGUGUAAACAUAAUGUUGCAACGUUGCUUGUUGUUUGAUUUUUAAAAAGGUAUAUUUGAAGAAAGUAAUAUGCAUGUGAGCUGGUUAACUUGAAUGAAAAUCAACCUUAAUUUGAUGACCAUUGAACAUGUUAGGUAUAUUGAGUUAUAUAUUGUAUUUUUUUAAAUUAUUAAUGGAAAGGUCAAUACUCUUUAUGUUUUAAGAUUUAUUUAGACAAGAACCUGACAGUUUAAUUUGAAACGAAACAUCUGUAUUUUUCUGCUCAUUUAAGGUUUUCAAAAAAAUGUAAUUGUAGUAGUAUGUAUUUUAUGCCUUUACAAUUCAUUUUCAAUAUUACUAUAUAAUUGUUUUAAAAUAACUUGCCGUUUUAUUAUAUUGUCCACAAGGUCCUUAUAAGUGAUCACGUACACAUUUAUAUAUAAAUGCGAUUAAAAUUCUAAUUAAAGUGGCCAUCCAACGUUUUGGUAAAUUGACAAAUUAAAAAAAAAAGUUGUUUCAGAAUCGGAAAUAUUCGUUUUUUAUAUGAUAUUUUGAGGAAAUAGUAAUACUGACCAUUUACCAUGCUCUUAAAUAUCUAUUAUAUGCAUCUUUUGAUGAUUUGAAAACCUGAAAAUUUUUAAGCGUCUUGCGACGCGAAACGAUUGAAUAAUUCGGAAAAGUUCUGUUGUUGUCGUUUUAUUUUGGGAAACAACGAGGAUUGCGUAUAUAGGUAACAAAUACAUCUGCUCUAAGCAUGAGCAUGGAUGUUCGAGUGGUCUAGGCAGGAGGCUUAUUACUCCAGGACUCCAGGGGUCAGUGGUUCGAGCCCUUUUGAGUGUUACUUUUGUCCUUUUUUAAAAUUGUAUUCUUGUUGUUUUUUUACUGGAGAUAUUUAGUUCAAAUGUUUAAAUGUAUCAAUAUAAAGCAUUUAAUAACAAGCUUCAAUACAUGCCAAAAUCUGUUGGACGGCCCAUUUAAUUAACAAAUACAAAUGGAAAUUAUACACCAUUAAUCGAACAAUAAUAACGUUAACAUCUCUGAAGAAACAAUAAUAAAGGAAUAGAUCACAUAACCAGCUCCACCCAUUCUCCACCAUAUGGCUGGGAUAUCCCUUGUAUUCGUCUACUUUCUAUUUGUAUUUUACUGACAUUAAAUCUUGGUUCAUUGUUCUAAAGCGUCAAAUAUUUGUUCUGUUGCUGUCUUCCCGUCUUGUCAUACGAGCCCUUCCGAUAUGUGAGCUUUAUUACUACCUAGGACAAUACAAAUAUGACAAAAUGUUACCGCAUGAUCGAUAUUAUAUGUGUAUAUAUGCAUAUACUCUUAAUGUUUUAGUAGUAAAUUUAAAUACAGUAUCAUAAUACUGAUUUGGUUUUAACCGUAUUUUAAAUUUAUGUUAACUUUGGCAACUAGUUAGCUGUCGUUGUCAAGUUAGUGUGUCUACCUUCGAUGGUAGCUUUAGCAUGGAAAGCUUGCUGCUUUAAAUAUGGAUCCGAAUUGAAAUGUGGGGGUGGGUGAACUAAAUAUUUCCCACUUAAUAAAGAUUGAUCAUGAGUAUUUUUGUAAGUGAGAAGAAUAAGCGUUUACAAUUUGAAUAUUUAUUGUAUAGAUCAUCAUAGAGAGAAAUAAAAAGUACAAUAUGAAACACUUGUGUUGGAAAUUUUAAAACCCCACUACCGUGAAGACAGUGCACAAAAUAAUGUGUAACUGAUUGUCUAGUAAUUGUCACAAAUUAAUCAGAUAUCAUAUCACACACAACGGAUAUGUAGAUAUGGUUAACUAAACGGUAGAUAUAGAGUUUUAAAUAUACUGCACAAGAAGUCGGUGUAGGUUGAAUUCGUAUGAUAUUGAUUCCAAAUGCCACAGCUCAAAAUACGUGUGAGUCGGUCAGAUAAAUAUAGACAGUUUUAAAUCAAUGAACAAUAUGGCUGACACGGCGAUGAUGUCUCUUCAGAAAGGGUCUGAUACGAUUACGGAUUUCUGGUGUUCACCAUGCCAAGAGGACUUUGUUUCUACGGAGGCUGAUUUUUACUGCGAAAUGUGUCGUAAUUUUUAUUGCUUCACGUGUAUUAACCUACACAGUCAUUUGUUCAAAAGGCACGGUAUAUACGGAAGAAAAGAAAUGGCUAAUUGGCCUGCUGCCAAUGGAACGGUUGAUUUAAUUGCAAAAUGCGAGGAACACCCAGAUAAAACAUUAAAAGUAUUUUGUGAGGAUCAUCUCCAGCUGUGUUGCAAUACUUGUGUGGUGAUGACUCAUCGACAAUGUACAAAAUUGACACUGAUAUCAGAGUAUUCAAAAACUCAGACGUCACUAGACUUCCGGCAACUUUCUGCAAAGAUUCAGAAAAUUCAGACGGAUUUCAGGGAGCUGCAACAAAGGCACAUAUACAACCUCCAAUCUGUCAAAGAUUCAUAUACAGAUCAGUUGCAAGAACUCCGAAAUAUGCGCAAGAAAAUAAAUGCUCAACUAGACGAACUUGAGAAGGCAACAGUAAAGGGUUUGGAUGAGCUGAAAACGAAAUUAAAUACUUCUCUGAAUGCAGCCGUACAAACAUGUAGUCUUGGUAAUAUUCUUCAUAUUAACAGGAUUAUUACUGUUGGCACGAAUAAAGUUCUUUUAUAUCCGAAGAGACAACACAAUAUACAAGAUAUUUUUGAAUUUCCCAACGGUCACACCAUUAUUGCUGAAACAAGGGAUAAGCAGUUGAAACUGCUAGACCAAACAUACCAGGAGUUAAGUCAAUGUAAUCUUUCUGCAUUCCCAAUGCAGAUGUGUCAGGUCUCUGAAAAUGAGGUUGCUGCUGCGGUAGAUGAACGGUAUGGAUACAAGGUGCAAUUUAUUUCUGAGAGUAAGGGAAAGCUCGUCAAAGGCCGGACAAUUGAGCUUAGCCACGGGUGUAUUGGCCUCUCCUACCUAAAUAAUAAUUUGUAUGUCACGUCACAAACAGCAUUAUUCCACUACACUGCAGCCGGGAGGAUAGUGAAGAAGAUAUAUGAAGAAGACACAACAGGGGACUCUACAAAAUCAUCAAUGGGGAGGUGUGCAGUUCAUCCCAGCGGUGAUUAUAUAUAUGUAAUCAGCCAACACAAACUUCUCACGCUGACAAAAGAUGGCCAGAUACUUUCAACGUUCUCUGACCCAAAACUCGAGGAGCCAUGUGGAAUAUGCGUAACACCUGCAGGGCAAGUUCUAGUUUGUUACUAUGGAUCCAACACGAUCAUUCAGUUGGACUGUGUAGGGAGGAGCAAGAUUGCUGCAUUGGCUACGGAAAAAGAUGGAGUGUUGCGACCAUUGGCUAUUUGCUACAGCAAGAACACCAACACAGUUAUAGUGGGACAAUUGGAUUGUUUUUACAUAUUGCAUAUUAAAGUUAAAUAAUAGCACUUAAUUAAUAUGAUAUCAAUAUCAUUCUUAUAAUUUAUGUUUUUAUUAUUAUAAUAAUUAUUAUAGGUUAAAUUAUCUUUUCCCGACAGAAAUUCAUAUCCUAUGUUACUAUUGUGUUGUUGUGCUAUCUUCUGUAUAUUUUGUGAAAGACAUCAUUGUGAAUAUGUAUGUCUGUCACCACCAUAACAUGUUACUGCUAUCCAUAGGGAAAGAUUCUCGAUAAUGCUGCAGAACUUAAGGUCUAAUCGUAUCUCCAAAAUGGAUGUAUGGUCUACUGUGUACAUUUGUAACACUAUAAUUAUUUUCUGGAAAUAAAAUAUGUUUAAAGUAUAUGGAAUAUGUAGAUGUUAUAUGAUAUAAUAUAUCAGAAGUUAAACUCAUAUUUCGUUCUUUGAAGCCCAAAACACUCUUCAAAAAUGGCAUUGUACGUAGUCAUUUACAAAACAAUACAUUUUGGUAACUGGCUUAUGCUUGUAAUAUUUCUUUAUGUUAUGCAAUAAUUUUUUUGUUUA